AAAGCUACGACGACUAAUCACUAUUACUCAGAGAAUUUGGAAAAGAAAGACAGAAGAAAAUCUACAGAAAAUUAAUAAAUAUUAUGUAUAAUUAAAAAAAACGACGAAAGCGUCUCUAUAGCAAAAAAAAAAAAAAAGAACAGACUAAAAGAGGGGCUUAGGAUUUCUUCUCGAGCAGAUUUGAAUUUUUUAAUUUUUCUUUGCUUGAAGAAUUCUAAGCUUUUCUCAUACUUCCUUAGGAUUCAAUCGCAUUUCUGGGAAUUUUUGUUGUUGUUUUUGUUAUCGUAGAAUUUAUUUCUGGGUUUUCAAGUUGCAGAGUUCGUCUGCUCCUUGCGUAAGUUACAUACAGACAUUUACCAUCGUUCGAGUUUGUGAACGAUCAUCUGAUAUCGGCGGAUUCUCAUGCGUUUUAGAUCGAAAAGCAAGCAAAACUUGUUUCUGAUCUGAUAAAUCUCCGGUGGAAAUGGCUUGUACUACAGUUAAUGUUGGCUCUUCCGUUUGGGUCGAAGAUCCAGAGGAGGCAUGGAUAGACGGUGAAGUUAUUGAGGUUAAAGGAGAUAACAUUAAGGUCAAAUGUACCUCAGGGAGGACGGUGGCUGUUACAGUUUCAAAUGCGUACCCAAAAGAUGUCGAAGCUCCAGCUUCUGGAGUGGAUGAUAUGACAAGGCUAGCAUAUUUACAUGAACCGGGAGUCCUCCAAAAUAUGAAAUCAAGAUUUGAUAUCAACGAAAUAUAUACUUACACAGGGAAUAUUCUGAUUGCUGUAAACCCUUUUAGAAGACUACCGCAUCUUUAUAAUAACCAUAUGAUGCAACAAUACAAAGGUGCAGGCUUUGGAGAACUGAGCCCCCAUCCGUUUGCAGUUGCGGAUGUAGCUUACAGACAAAUGAUAAAUCAGGGCCUUAGUCAAUCGAUCUUGGUCAGUGGUGAAAGCGGAGCAGGGAAGACUGAGACUACUAAAUUGCUCAUGCAAUAUCUGGCAGACAUGGGAGGCCGAGCUGUUUCUGAAGGAAGGAGUGUCGAAAAGAAAGUUUUGGAGUCCAAUCCCGUUCUAGAAGCGUUUGGAAAUGCAAAGACCGUUAGGAACAACAAUUCAAGUUGGGAGAACUCUGUGCAGUCUUCCUUAGGAUGUGUUCUCAUUGCCCUUUUAUUAUUUAACCAGGACAUAAAAAAAUGGAAAUUAGCGGAUCCAAGAACAUUUCAUUACUUAAAUCAAUCUCAAUGCAUUGAAUUGGAGAGAAUGGAUGAUUCGAAGGAGUAUCAUGAAACUAGAAAGGCAAUGGAUAUUGUUGGGAUAAAUUCAGAGGAGCAGGAAGCAAUAUUUCGAGUUGUAGCUGCUAUUCUUCAUCUAGGCAACGUGGAAUUUGGAAAAGGAAAGGAAUCAGACUCGUCAGCCCCAAAAGAUGAGAAGUCAAUCUACCAUCUGAAGACUGCGGCUGAGCUUUUCAUGUGCGAUGAGCAGGCACUGGAGGAUUCUCUAUGUAAACGUGUGAUGGUGACACGUGAUGAAACCAUUACGAAAUGUCUGGAUCCAGAAUCUGCGGCACUCAGCAGAGAUGCAUUGGCAAAAACUGUGUACUCAAGAUUGUUUGAUUGGAUUGUGAACAAGAUCAAUAAUUCAAUUGGACAAGACCCUGAUUCAAAAUAUUUGAUUGGAGUGCUGGAUAUAUAUGGAUUUGAGAGUUUCAAGACAAACAGCUUUGAGCAAUUUUGCAUCAACUUGACGAAUGAGAAACUUCAGCAACAUUUUAAUCAGCACGUCUUCAAAAUGGAACAAGAAGAGUAUAAUAAAGAAGAAAUUGAUUGGAGCUACAUUGAAUUCGUAGAUAAUCAAGAUAUUCUGGACCUUAUUGAAAAGAAACCUGGUGGUAUCAUUGCUCUCCUGGAUGAGGCCUGCAUGUUCCCAAGAUCAACACAUGAAACAUUUGCUGAAAAGAUGUAUCAAACGUUCAGAGGUCACAAGCACUUUAGUAAGCCAAGAUUAGCUCGUUCUGACUUCACAAUUUGCCACUAUGCUGGUGAUGUCACUUAUCAGACCGAACAGUUCCUGGAAAAGAACAAAGAUUAUGUUGUUGCCGAACACCAGGCUCUGCUAAAUGCUUCGAAGUGCACCUUUGUUGCAUGUCUCUUCCCUCUUCUUGCAGAAGAUCCUAACAAAAAGUCAAAGUUCUCUUCGAUUGGUUCACGAUUUAAGCAACAAUUGGUGACAUUGCUUGAAACCCUGAGUACUACUGAGCCUCACUAUAUUCGUUGUGUGAAGCCCAAUAAUCUGCUAAAGCCUUUGAUCUUUGAGAACCAAAAUGUUUUGCAACAGUUACGAUGUGGGGGUGUGAUGGAGGCAAUCAGGAUUAGCUGUGCUGGAUUUCCUACUAGAAAACAAUUUGAAGAAUUCCUAGACAGAUUUAGUAUCCUUGCUCCUGAAGUUUUGGAUAAGAGCUCUGAUGAUGUAGCUGCCUGCAAGAAUCUUCUUGAAAAAGUUAAACUCGAAGGAUACCAGAUUGGUAAGACGAAGGUUUUCCUCAGGGCUGGACAGAUGGCUGACUUAGAUGCUCGAAGGAAUGAAGUCUUAGGCAGAGCAGCCAGCAGCAUCCAGAGGAAAUUCCGCUCCUACUUGUCCCGCAAAACUUUUAUGAUGCUCCGCAAGGCUGCAAUAAAUAUGCAGGCUGUGUGCAGAGGUCAACUUGCUCGUCAUAUCUUUGAGGGUCUGCGCAGAGAAGCUGCGGUUUUGGAGAUCCAGAGAGACAUACGGAUGCAUCUUGCUAGGAAGUCUUACAAGGAAUCAUAUUUUGCUGCUGUUUCCAUUCAAUCAGGAAUACGUGGUAUGGCUUCCCGUGACGAGCUACGGUUCCAAAGGCAGAACAAGGCGGCAGUUGUAAUUCAGAGCCAUUGCCGCAAAUUCCUGGCCCAGUUGCACUACCAGAGGCUCAAGAAAGCAACAAUCACAACACAAAGUGCAUGGAGAGCAAGGUUAGCUCGUAAAGAACUGCGGAAGCUUAAGACGGCUGCAAAGGAAACGGGAGCCCUUCAAGCUGCCAAGAAUAAGCUUGAGAAACAAUUGGAAGAACUCACAUGGAGACUGCAGCUAGAGAAACGCAUGAGGACGGACAUGGAAGAAAGUAAAACACAAGAAAAUGCAAAACUGCGAUCAUCAUUGGAAGAAAUUCAACUUGAAUUCAAGGAAACCAAAGCCUUGCUCUUACAGGAAAUAGAAGCUGCUAAAAAUUCGGCAGAAGUUGUUCCUGUGUUGCAGGAGGUUCCUGUAGUUGACACAGAGCUAGUGGAGAAGUUAACAAGUGAAAACGAAAAGCUCAAGUCCCUGGUAAGUUCAUUGAACCAGAAGAUUGAUGAAACAGAGAAAAAAUUCGAGGAGACAAGCAAAAUAAGUGAGGAGAGGCUGAAGCAGACUCUAGAGGCUGAAACUACAAUUGUCAAUUUGAAAAAAGCUGUGCACGAACUUCAAGAAAAAAUCUUGGAUGUGGAAUCUGAAAACCAAAUACUGAGGCAGAAAUCCCUCUUACAUACAUCAGGACAUCUCCCUCCGACUCCGGUUAAGAACUCACAAAAUGGUCACUUUCCUAGCAAAGAAAGUCCGUACAAUGGAUCUGAUAUUGAAUCACCAGCAAGAACCCAAGAACAAGAAUCUGAUGCAAAGACUCGGAGAUUGCAAAUAGAACGUCAACAUGAGAAUGUUGAUGCUCUUAUCAAGUGCGUUACAAAGAAUAUUGGAUUCAACCAGGAAAAGCCUGUCGCCGCAUUUACGAUAUACAAAUGCCUCCUUCACUGGAAAUCCUUUGAAGCUGAAAGGACCAAUGUGUUUGAUCGUCUUGUUCAAAUGAUUGGUUCUGCCAUCGAGGAUGAAGAUGACAACGAGCAUUUGGCAUAUUGGUUGUCCAAUACUUCAACCUUGUUGUACAUGAUCCAACAAAGUCUGAAACCUGGUGGAACCGGUGCCACUCCACAGCGAAAACCACCUGUUACUUCCUUGUUUGGAAGAAUGGCCAUGGGUUUCCGUUCAGCACCAUCCUCUGCCGAGACUUCUGCAGCAGCAGCUGCUGCAGCGGCUGCAGUCAUUCGCCCCGUUGAGGCCAAGGAUCCAGCUUUGCUUUUCAAACAGCAGCUUACAGCUUACGUAGAAAAGAUAUUUGGAAUGAUUCGGGAUAACCUGAAAAACGAGUUGCAAGCUUUGCUUUCCCUUUGCAUCCAGGCACCUCGAACAUCAACGGGACGUUCGCUACGAUCUGCAAAGUCAAUGGUUAAGGAUUCUCCUUUAGACCAUUGGAGGGGAAUUAAUGACGGCUUAUUUGCUCUUCUAAACACACUGAAGGAGAACUUUGUUCCUCCGGUUCUUAUCCAAAAGAUAUUUACUCAGACAUUCUCAUUCAUCAAUGUCCAAUUAUUUAACAGCCUUCUUUUGCGACGAGAAUGCUGUACAUUUAGCAACGGAGAAUAUGUAAAAUCUGGUUUAGCACUGUUAGAGGAAUGGUGCGCCGAAACAAAAGAAGAAUAUGCUGGCUCAUCCUGGGAUGAACUUAAACAUAUCAGGCAAGCUGUUGGAUUCUUGGUCAUCCAUCAGAAGUACAGAAUCUCAUACGAUGACAUCGCACAUGAUUUAUGCCCUAUCCUUAGUGUCCAGCAACUUUAUAGAAUAUGUACACUGUAUUGGGAUGACAGCUACAACACAAGAAGUGUAUCCCAAGAUGUGAUUUCAAACAUGAAAGUGCUUAUGACAGAGGAUUCCAACAACGCGGACAGCAGUGCCUUCUUGUUAGACGAAGAUUCUAGCAUUCCUUUCACGACCGAGGAUCUAUCAAGUUCAAUGCAAGAUAAGGACUUUGCAGAAAUGAAACCAGCCGAAGAGCUUGAAGAAAACCCAGCUUUCAGUUUCUUGCUUUAAUGGUGAAGAUACCAAAAGAUGAUGCAGGUGUGUACUGUCCCUUCAGGAACACGCCAGUUAAAAAACAGAAAGAAGAAGAACAGAACAGAUUUCCAAAUUCUUUUUUUUUCUCAUUCUUUCACCUUGACGGCGAGACAUUGAUUGAUUCUCCAUUUCGUUUCUUUUGUUAUUCAUUGUCUCUGAUCAUCCCAGAAGUUUAUCCAAUGUCUAUACUUUUGCUGGGGGAAAAAGAGAAGAGACAUGGAACUUUUGUUCUUCUUGUGCAGUUUUUCUUCUUUCUUCUCUUUGGUUCAACUUUAAUUCCAAUUUUGGUGAUUAUAACUCUUUGGUGAAAAUUAAUCACCAGUUGUUAUAGCAAAGAUAUAACAACUCGUGUUUUUGGUUUGUACAAAAGGAAACGACUUAAGUGGGUAAAAAGAUGUAGUUUUGCUAUAUUGGAUUUAUUUUCUAUAAGUAUCCCAUUUAUUUAUGAUAUCCAAAUUCACAAACUUGAAC